AUGUAUUGGUUGCCACUGGCUGAGGGCCUGUGGGAGUGCACCACUGGUGAAGGAGACAACAAGGGACACACAACUCCGCACCUGGCACGCAUCUGGUGCCACAGAGGGAUCGCCAGGUGUCACAAAACACAAUGUACAUAGCACUACAGCACUUUGUGACAUCUGCUGAUGUAAAAAUGGCUUUAUAAAUAAAUGUGAUUGAUUGAAUUUGAUUGAUAUGCAUAGUUAUUAUUACUGUUAGUAUUACUAAUACUGUGUUACUAUUUUACUCAUAUAUUACUAAUAUGAUGUGUUGCAUAGAUCUAACAUUGUCAUCAACAUUCAAAGGUCCACUCUUGAAAAUAAUAAAAAAGGAAUCAUUAUUUUUUCCUAACGAUUGUUACCAGUCUCUCCUCCAUGUCUCUUUGUUUCUGUGGUGACCUACCUCAGGUGGCGAGCCAGAAGCUGAUAGAAAAUAAGGUCAUGUGGGUCGAUAAGAAGGGCCUCCCGCUCCUCUGGGACAUACCUACGGCCACAUGGAACCAGGCUCCUGCCCAGUGCCUCUCCAUAGACCAGGGGCCACACAGCCAGGGGACCAAGGUCCGCCACAGGCAACAUCCAGGGGCCCCGCCCUGGGAGGCCUGGAACAUCUCCCCCAACCCCUCCAAGUCCCCGCCGGCCUCUGUAUCCCGGCCCCAGGGAGUACGUCUGAGCAACCAGCCCAAG